GACAGGUUUCCCCGAGAUUAUCCACAAAAAUGUGCGAUCAUCAUCGUUUCUGGAUUUCCCCAAACGUGGCACCAUUUCGGCUUCGGUUCCUUCCCCCUCUCACCAACGCAACAAACAUCAUCCACCGUGUCUUUUAACAUCAUCGGACCUAAGCCUUUAGAGCAACAUAGCAUAACCAAUUCAACCGUGGAACAUCGUAUCUGCUAAACUAAACCCACCCUCUUUGUAACCACAAUGGUAGUAACUAAGGCAUUGUUACUCCCUCCUCAUCCACACCCCUUCUGUUCCCUUCCAAUUCCCACCAAACUUGGAAUCAGACCCUUCUUCACCUUUCACCAAGUACACCCAUUAGUGGUGCAGCACACGAGAAAACCAAAGAAACAUGUGGCUCAUGUGUCACUCCAUGAUGACCCUUUGGUUUCAUGCAUCAUCCACCAACAGCAGCAAAACCCCUAUCACCUUGUCUUGCUGGCAGAGAGUGCGGGUUACUCUUUGGCCAGUUAUUACACUUCUUUGGGCCUCUUUGUCAUCUCUGUGCCUGGACUCUGGUCUCUCAUCAAACGUUCUGUCAAAUCCAAGAUUGUGCAGAAGACGUUUAUAGGUGAAGGUGAAAAGAAGGCGCCGAAUCAGGUUGCUGGGGAGAUUCUAUCGUUCUUCACUCGUAACAAUUUUGCAGUGACUGACAGAGGAGAGACAAUCACGUUUGAAGGAAUGAUGGUUCCAAGCAGAGGUCAAGCAGCGCUAUUAACUUUUUGCACUUGCAUCAGCUUGGCAAGUGUGGCACUUGUGCUUACCAUAACCGUACCAGAUGUUGGCAACAACUGGUUUUGGAUCACCCUCUUGAGUCCAUUGGCAGGCCUUUAUUAUUGGACUCGAGCAUCCAGAAAGGAGCAGAUUAAAGUGAAAAUGAUUGUUGGAAAUGAAGGAAACUUAUCAGAAAUCAUUGUCCAAGGUGAUGAUCAACAGGUCGAGCAAAUGAGGAAGGAACUCAAGUUCAGUGAAAAAGGCAUGGUUUAUGUUAAAGGUGUCUUUGAAAGAUGACCAAUUUUCUUCGGGCGGUAGAAUCAGAAUGCUAAAGAAAAUUGAGAUCAAAUCUAUUUUUGUAAUUGAGAAAUGAUAAUGAUCAAAAUCAUAUAAAAAAUAGAUGAUUUUAUUAUGUGUUUGGAAAUACUUGUAACCAAAACUAUAUUAGAGAAAAAAAGAAAUCAAAAUUUCCAUUCCACCAAA